CUUAAAACGAAUUGGAAAAACCUAUUUAUAUAAAAUUAUAAAUCAUUUACACAUAUUGUUUUAUUUAACAAUAAACACAAAAAAAAGCUGCAGCGCAACAACAAUGAAAAUCAAAGAGCUGCAAAAGACGGUGAACAUUGCCUGGUCGCCAGCGCAGCAACAACAAAUUUUGUUAGCUGCCGGCACAGCGGCUCAGCAAUUCGAUUCAAAUGCAAAUGCCACAUUGGAAAUCUACUCGCCGAGCAUUGGCGAUGCCAGCUAUGAUUUGGAGCUAAAGGCUAGCGUGCCGAGCGACUUCAAAUUUCAAAAACUGAUUUGGAGUCCUCAUGCAACGCAUACAAAUGGAUUGAUUGUUGGUGGCUGCGAGGCUGGCCAUAUCAAUGUCUAUUCGGCAGCUAAGAUGCUGGCCAAUGAGGAAUCAUUGGUCGCAAGACAGGAUAAGCAUACAGGCGCAGUUAGCGGCUUAGAUUUUAAUCCGUUUCUAAACAAUUUGCUCGCUUCGUGUGCUUCAGAAUCUGAGAUUUACAUUUGGGAUUUGAAUAACCCAGUUACUCCUCUUAAUCCAGGCGCUAAGACACAGCCGCUUGAGGAUGUGAAGAAUGUCGCUUGGAAUCGGCAAGUGCAGCAUAUCUUGGCAUCAGUGUUUAGCACUCGCUGCGUCAUUUGGGACUUGCGCAAAAGUCAGCAGAUCAUCAAAUUGUCCGACACUCAGUCGAGGGUUAGAUGGCAUGCCAUUGAAUGGCACCCGGAGGUGGCCACCCAGGUCUGGUUGGCCUCUGAAGAUGAUCAAGCGCCGGUUGUGCAAUUGUGGGACUUGCGUUAUGCUACUGCACCAGCAAAAACAUACCAGAUACACGAUCGCGGAGUUCUGGGCAUGUCCUGGUGCUUGCAGGACACCGAUUUGAUGGUCUCUUGUGGCAAGGAUAAUCGCAUCUACUGCUGGAAUCCAAAUACCAAAAUACCUGAAGGCGAAAUCCUUUCAGAGGUAGCCACCACUGCCUCUUGGUAUUCAGAUGUGCAAUUCUGUCCACGCAACCCAGCGUUGAUAGCCAGCGCCAGCUUGGAAGGCGCUGUUUCUAUAUACUCCUUAAAUGGUGGUACACACCAGCUGGUGCAAACAUCUGAGAAGAUUGCCGACUCCUUCCCAGGCAUGGAUCAAUUCGCUCAAGCUCCACUUCCCCAGCAAGCCACGCAAGUUGUUUAUCACGAUUUGACGCAUGCGCCUAAGUGGAUGAAGCGGCCAUGUGGUGUGGCAUUUGGUUUUGGUGGCAAAUUGGUUAGCUUCAAUAACACAUCGAAGACAGUGACAGUAUCACAGUUGACCACCGAACCAGAACUCGUAGAGCGUGCCAAUGCCUUGGAAGUGUCCUUGGCGGAGGCCGACUAUGCCGAUUAUUGCAGGCAACGAGCAGACAAGUCUACCGAUCAGCACGGUCGCUACAUUUGGUAUUUCAUCAAAGCGAACUUUGAAUUGAAUCCAAAGGAAGAAAUGCUGAACCUUUUGGGCUACAACAAGGAUGACAUCGACGGGAAAUUUACAAAGUACAUCAAGGAGGCUGAAGAGAGCAACUCUCAAUCUGACGUGGAUACGCUGACAACUCGCAUAUCAACCCUAACUCAUCAAACGAACGACAUUAAAACUCCAUUUGAUGGCUCAAUCGAUCAGCAAACGUUGAACGACUAUGCAGCUGCAGCCAGGCCGCAAUUUAAGAUACCCAGCGGCGAUCAUACCGACAGUUUGAUUACGGAGGCCAUACUCACAGGCAAUGUGGAGGCUGCUGUUGAGCUCUGUCUGGAGGCGCAGCGCAUACCGGAGGCUUUGAUCAUUGCUUCGACAGCGGGCUUAGAGAUUCUAACACGCACUCAGACACGUUAUUUGCUGCAGCAGAAGAACGAAUUGUCGAAUGUCAUAUCGGCCUUGGUCACGCGCGAUUGGCUCGACUUUGUCAAUCGCUGCACCGUAGACUCCUGGAAGGAGGCACUAGUAGCUGCACUUAAGCAUAGCGAGCGCAAAUUGGUGGACAUAUGUGAGAGGCUAGGCGAUCGCUUGUUGAACGAGUCUAGCAGCAGCAGCAUCGAGCUGACACGCAAUGCAAUGCUGUGCUAUAUCUGUGCUGGCAGCAUUGACAAGCUAGUCACUGCCUGGUAUCAAUUGAAGCAACUGGAGCAACAGAAUCAGAACUACAAAUUAAAUACGAAUGAGUUGCAGGAGUUGGCCGAGGUGGUUAUGCUGCUGACUAAGUCAUUGGAACAGCAGGGCAUUGCUGUGGAUCUAGCUGGCAGAUUUGCAGGCUUUAUAUCUGAAUAUAGUGGACUACUUGCCUCCCAGGGCGCUCUGACCGCUGCUCUACAGUAUAUAACCACAUUGAGCAGAGCUAAUGCGGACAGCGAGGACUUGAAUGCGCUGCGUGAACGCAUCAGCAAAGCGGUAAAUGUGGAUCAUGUGCAACCUACAGCAGCAGCAACUGCAGCUCCUAUGGGCUAUAUGCGACAAAUGGAACCGCGUGGUUCCUUCUCAAACCCGGCUAAUCCUAUUUCCUAUAAUCCAUACAAUCCAAAUGCUACGACGACAAAUGGCAGCUGGCAACAGCCAGCAGUACCGCCGGCUGCACCCUUCCAGCCAGCUCAACCACCCACACAAAUCUUCAAUCCGCCACAACUUAAAGCUGAACCGCUAACGCAUCCGCCACGACCACUCAGCAACGCCAGCGCCUCAAGUGGAGCUACAGGCACAGCAGCAACAGGCCUUCACUCGCGAUCUAAAUACGUUUUAGAUCCUUCCGUAGCAGCGCCAAACUCUACUUAUGGCAUGGCUUACAAUCCAGUGCCAGCUCCAGCAGCUGUUCCUUUUGCUGGUGCUCCUAUCUCACAGCCAGCCAGUGUGCCACUGGUAAAUAAUAGCAACGCCUUCAAUACCAAUCCCCUAUCUUCGGCUCAGCAAUACAAUCCAAAUCCGUUCACUGGGGCCACCCAAAACAACUACCUACCAGGUGUUGCACCUAUUGACGCUAUGCCGGCUGCAGGUGCUCCACCACCGCUUGUGCAGAAUAUUCAACGUAAUCCGACUCCUCCACCCGGUUGGAAUGAUCCACCAGCCUUAAAAUCCUCUCGAGUGCCGAAGCCACGACCAGCAACGGAUUCUACUGCAGCACCCAUUUUACACCCAUUGUAUGGAGCCGAUCCCAAUCAAAAUCAGAACAGCUACAUGGAUCCUAAUCAAUAUCAGGGUGCUCCACCUUCUGGUACAUCUUUCUACAAUCCCGCUGCUAAUAAUAAUCCACAGGCUUUUCCGCCACAACAACAACAGCAAAUGAAUUUCCAGGCAACGGCUGUGCCUAAUCUACAACCACAGCAGCAGCAAUCACAACAACAGCAGCAACAAUUUUGGCCUGGACAACCACAACAGCAGCAAUCGUUCGGUUAUGCCGAACAACCAGCUCCGGUACAGGAACAGCGUCAGCCGGAACCCGUUAAGGAGAAGCCUCCAUUGCCAGAGGAAUAUAUUUAUUUGCAAACCGUUUUAGAAGAGCUUAAAAAACAAUGCCUUAGCGCAACUAAUGAUCCACGCACCAAACGGAAAUUUGUGGAUGUGGUGAAACGCCUGGAAAAUCUCUACGACUGCUUGCGCUACGAACGGCUCACAUCGGCUACUGUGCAGAAUCUAAAUCAAAUUGUGCAGUUCAUACAAAUAGCCGAUUAUACUAAUGCCCUUGCGGUGCACCAACGCAUCGCCUUUGGCACGGACUUUGCUCAGUGUGCGGGCUUCAUGCAGGGCCUGAAAGUCUUGCUACAGUCGGCAGCGGAAAUGCAACUGGUUCUACGCUAGUUUAUUAUAUGAUUUAAUUGUGUGUCAAUCAAAUUUGCCCAUAUAUAUGUUUUUCUAAUUUGAUUUUGUGUGUACUCCCCGGCUUUUAGUUGAUGCAGUUAUAAUUAUAAUAUGGUACUAAAAACAAUUUCAAAACAAAUUU